AUGUUUUGGAAAAACUUGUCCUCCAUUUGGAUUAUUGCGUGUGUUUGUUUGAUGAUGAUUUUGCUACUCAUUCCCAUUUCUCACCAUCUUGCAAGGUUUACUCUGCGAGUAGGGCGUCCAAACAUUAAACCUUAUCGUCCUCGUGUGGUGCUAAUUUACACUGGAUUUUUUGGGUCGUACCCGUGGGAAGGUUUGGAAGACAACCAAAAGUUUACUCACUUUAAAGGCAAGUCCUGUGCCGUCCAAAACUGUGUGGUUAGUUACAAAAAGGAAGACUUUAAUUCAAGCGAUGUAGUUAUAUUUCAUGCCCGAAAUAUGCCUAGCGUAAACUCUCUUCGCGAGCUGCACAACAAGCGGUCUCCAAAUCAAGCGUGGGUCUUUUAUAUCAUUGAAAGCCCAGCCCACACCCCUGAUACGCGCCAAUAUGCCGGAUUAUUUAACUGGACCAUGACGUAUCGAACGGAUUCCGAUAUUUAUCAUCCUUAUGGUUUCUAUACUUCUCUAGAGGUCGAUGAUGAAAGACCACAAGCAUCGAAAGAUUAUUCUCUUGGGAAAGACAAGUUGGUUGUGUGGACAGUCAGUAACUGUGGAGGGAAACGGUUCUCUUACGUCAAUAAACUAAAGCAAUUCAUAAAAGUGGAUAUUUUCGGUGGAUGUGGUAGUAAUGGAUGUAGUAGUCGUGGAGGUUUCAGUACCGAGGAUUGCACCAAACUGCUUCAAUCUUACAAGUUUCAGCUUGCUUUUGAAAACACCGAGUGCCUGGAUUAUGUGACAGAGAAGUACUGGGGCUCCCCCUUAGAAAAUGGUAUUGUUCCUAUUGUACUGGGGGGAGCUGACUACAAGAAAAUUGCUAUUCCAGGGUCUUUUAUCAAUGUAUUGGAUUUCCCUUCUGUCAAAGCACUUGCUGACUAUUUACUCUACCUGGAUAAGAACAACACUGCAUAUAAUGAGUACUUUAGCUGGAAGACAGAGUACAAGCAACGGGGUUGUUUACAUGGAAAUGAUCUCUCUCGCCACUACCACUGGACAUGUGAUCUGUGUGCAUUUGCUAACAAUGCAAGUGUUAAAAGCAAGGUUUAUGAGCAUCUGGAUCAUUUCUGGUCUGGAGCACAAUGUAACAUGUACUCUGAUCAACUUGAUAAAAUUAUCAGUCAGUGA